AUGACUUCUUUCUCUGAUGAACAAAUACAGAAGGCUCUCUCUCCCUUCACUUUCACAAUUCACACUCACAAUUCACACGACCUAAACCCUAUUAGAGAACUCAGACAAGAGCAACCUCCACCAACAGCUGCUGCUCACCCUCUUCUCCUCAUCGUGGAACAUCGCCGUUGCUCACGCCGUCCACUUUACCGUCGCACGUUGCUCAUCUUGUCGUCUCGCCUCUUCAGUCUCCGGCCUCUGCUCAUCUUGUCGACUCACCUCUACGGUAAGCACUCCUCGGCUCCUCCUCUCCUCGUUGACGCAACCAGCGUUGAUCACCCCACCCACAUCCCUCUGUCUCCGGUUUGUUUACUUCGUCUCUGUCGCUGGCUCGCGCCCAAAUCGCCUCUCUGCUUGCCUCUCCGUUCUCCGCGACGAGUGUCGCUGCAUGCUUCUUCAAUGUCGUCGGCGGAAAGAGGAAAGUGAAGGAGGAAGAAUUUGUGGAACUGGUGCAUCACAUGAAAAUUUUUGGAAUUAGUUUGAUUAUAUUUUUAAUCCAGUUUGGUUCUAUUUCUUGAUUCAGUUUGAAAUUGGUGCACUAUUUUUGCAAAAUUUUGGAAUUAGUUUGGUUAUAUUUCUUGAUUUUUUUGAUUCAGUUAAGGCUGAUUAUUGUUUCAUCUGUUUUUGCUGUUUAUGCAACAAAAUUGUUAAUAAUUUUAAUUUGAUGUGCUUCUGCUAAUUUGUUAAUAAUUUCUAAGUCAGGUUGAUCAUUGUUUCAUCUG